CGUGCUUGGUGCCGCCUUUGUUUCGUGCUGGGACUCUCCCGUCGCUAUGAGCGCCUCUCCCUCCAGAGUGAUCCCCCUGCUGCUGGGUGCCGCGAUGCUGUGGGGGCCGAGCUGCCUCUCCCUGCGAGUCCUCAGCGGUCAAAAAGUGUGUUAUGAAGAUAUCAAGCAUCCCUGUUACAAGAUAGCCUACUUCCAGGACUUGUCAAGACGUGUGGGCUUUCAGGAGGCCCGUCAUGCCUGUGAAAUCGAUGGUGGUAUGCUUUUAAGUCUGGCAAGUGAAACUGAACAGAAGCUCAUAGAAAACAUGUUACAAAACCUCACUAAGUCGGGCUCUGGGAUUUCUGAUGGUGACUUCUGGAUUGGAUUGUGGAGAAGCGGAGAGGGACAAGCAACAUCAAGUGCUUGCCCUGAGCUCUACCAAUGGACUGAUGGAACCAUUUCAUCAUUCAGAAAUUGGUAUACAGAUGAGCCUUCCUGUGGAAGUGAAGCUUGUGUUGUGAUGUAUCAUCAACCAACUGCAAACCCUGGCCUGGGGGGGCCUUACCUUUACCAGUGGAAUGACGACAGAUGCAACAUGAAGCACAAUUUUAUCUGCAAGUAUAGUCUAGAUGAUGUCCUAGAAAAAGAACUAGGCGACAGAACAGACACAGAUUAUGAGGUUUUUCCAUCAGUGACAGCAGGAAAGCCUUAUGAUGAAAACAAAUCAGAAGAUAAUUCUCAUGUAGUUGUUACUGAAACAGUAAAGGAAGAACAAAAACCAGCCCAAACCAGUCCACAUUAUGGAUUUCAAAGAACCCCAGGAAGGACAGUACCAUGGAGGUAUAACAAUUUAAUGACUGAAAACAAAGCAAAAAUAAUAUUUUACAGUCAGGCGCUAUUAUAAUGUCAUCUCAGCACAUUAGCUUGGAAUGGCUUGAGACUGCAAUGGUUCAGCAAGAUGAACUUAAGCUCCCCCUUGAGGCAACUAUUCAGAUCAGUUUUGUAUGUAACAUUUGAUUAUUAAUUAAAUGAAACAUAUCAUGCUAGAUAAAGAAAGAGGAUGUGUCUAUUUUGCUAAGGGCAGUAACUCAUUUACAACUGAGCAGUGGAAUGGACAAUGCAUUUGAAGUUUAUAGGGGGAAAUAUCUACAAUAUGUGUUAGUUUUAAAAUUGUUUGUAGUAAUCAUAACAUUUUUAUUUCCUGUAGUCC